CCGCCGCCGCGCGCCAUGGAGGCGGCCCCCAGCGACCCCCCGAGCGGCCCGGGCCCCGGCGGCCCCGGAAACGCCACCACGCGGCCCCCGGCCACCCCGGAGGGCGCCGCCCUGGCCUACGGCGGCCUGCUGCUCAUGGCGCUGCUGCCCAUCUUCUUCGGGGCCCUGCGCUCCGUGCGCUGCGCCAAGAGCAAGAACGCGACGGACAUGCCCGAGACCAUCACCAGCCGUGACGCCGCGCGCUUCCCCAUCAUCGCCAGCUGUACCCUGCUCGGCCUCUACCUCUUCUUCAAGAUCUUCUCCCAAGAAUACAUCAACCUCCUGCUGUCCAUGUACUUCUUCGUCCUGGGUAUCCUGGCGCUCUCCCACACCAUCAGCCCCUUCAUGACCAAAUUCUUCCCGGCCAAUUUCCCCAACAAACAAUAUCAGCUGCUCUUCACCCAGGGCUCCGGGGAGAACAAGGAAGAAAUCGUCAACUACGAGUUUGACACGAAGGACCUGGUGUGCCUGGCUCUGAGCAGCGUCGUGGGCGUCUGGUACCUGCUGAGGAAGCACUGGAUCGCCAACAACCUCUUCGGCCUGGCCUUCUCCCUCAACGGCGUGGAACUGCUGCACCUCAACAACGUCAGCACGGGCUGCAUCCUCCUCGGGGGGCUCUUCGUCUACGACGUCUUCUGGGUCUUCGGGACCAACGUGAUGGUGACCGUGGCCCGGUCGUUCGAGGCGCCGAUAAAACUGGUGUUCCCCCAAGAUCUGCUGGAGAAAGGCUUGGCGGCCAACAACUUUGCCAUGCUGGGGCUCGGCGACAUCGUCAUUCCUGGAAUCUUCAUCGCUUUGCUGCUGCGCUUUGACGUCAGCCUGAAGAAGAACACGCACACGUACUUCUACACCAGCUUCGCGGCCUACAUCUUCGGCCUCGGCCUCACCAUCUUCAUCAUGCACGUCUUCAAGCACGCCCAGCCGGCCCUCCUCUACCUGGUCCCCGCCUGCAUCGGCUUCCCCCUCCUGGUGGCCCUGGCCAAGGGAGAGGUCACGGAGAUGUUCAGUUACGAGGAGACGAACCCCAAGGAGGCCGGUGGCGGAGGCUGCCCCAGCGGGGACGGGGACGGGGCCGCGGCGGAGCCCGACAAGAAGGACAAGUGACCGAGGGGAGGGGGGAGGGGGACCCUCGCCCACCCCCGCGCCCGCCCCCC